AUGGGGGUACUCAAAUAUUUCCUUGGCAUAGAAGUCGCCCGUUCUCAGCACGGUCUCUAUCUCUGCCAAAGGAAAUACACUUUGGAUAUUUUGGAUGAUUGUGGUCUCACUGGAGGUCGGCCUGCUGAUUUUUCAAUGGAGCAAAAUUUAAAACUUUCAGAUACAUCAGGGCCCAUCCUCAGUGACCCAGCUCCCUAUCGACGGUUGGUUGGUCACUUAAUCCAUCUCACUGUCACACGACCGGAUAUUGUACAUACUAUUAAUAUGUUAAGCCAAUUCAUGCAUCAACCCCGUCAACCGCACCUUGACGCCGCACACCAGUUACUUAGAUAUUUGAAAGGUACACCAGGUCAAGGUCUCCUCAUCCCUGCCAAGAAUGCUCUUGAACUCAGUGCUUACUGCGAUUCGGACUGGGCCAGUUGCCCGAUGACUCACGUUCCACAAUUGGUUAUUGCAUAUUUCUUGGCUCUGUUCCCAUAUCUUGAAAGACAAAAAAACAAGUCACUGUAUCUCGUUCUUCCGCAGACCUUUCUUAUGGAGUGA